CUCAAACACAGUCGUUCUUGUCUGUAUCCACUCUUUUCAGUGCCGACCCUUUACAGUCUUUCUAGUCAAAAUGAAGUACACUUUCACCAUCGCGGCCCUCGCGGCCCUCACUGCCGCCCAAAGCAUCGCCGACCUCCCGUCUUGCUCUUUGUCUUGCGUCGUCUCUGGUGUCUCUAGCAUCGGAUGCUCGGCCACUGACUUCGAGUGCUCCUGCACCAAGGCGGAUCAGCUCACCCCUGCUAUCACUCCCUGUGUGCAGAAGGCAUGCCCUAGCGCUGCCGACCAGGCGAAGGUCAUCACCGUCCUUGAGGGCAUCUGCGCUGCCGCUGGCUUCCCCAUCAGCGUUCCCGCCCCUGGUGCUUCCAGCUCUGCUGCUCCUGCUCCCACCUCUGCGGCCCCCGAGCCGUCGAAGGAGGCCAGCAGCAGCGUUGCUCCUACCAUCCAGACUUCUGCCCCAGCUACGCCUUCCAAGACCGACAUCGUCAUCUCCAGCACCGGCUACGCUUUCCCCUCCGCCACUGAGGAGUCGUGCGUCGUUGUUACCGUCACCGUCACCAAGACCUCCAGCUCUGUCGUUGCUCCCUACCCAACCAGCCCUGUAGGUACUGGUGUACCGCCUGUUGUUCCCUCUGGCACUGGCUCAUACUCCGCUCCUCCGUCCUACUUCACUGGUGCUGCUGCAGGCAUGAAGGUGCCCGCCGUCGCCGGUAUUUUGGGCUUGGCCGCUCUCGUCUUGUAG